UAACCAGCUUCUGUAACCUCUUGGAGAAAGACGGAAAAUCACUGUUCAAAGAAGCACGACUCGGAACGACCCUUCUAGGAAGAGCGCUUCAUGGCACUGGCAGCAUUGCCUCUCAGCAAGGUCUCUCUGGUUCCGAGUCUGGGGUCCAUCAGAAGAGGCCGCAGGUAGAAGUGAAACCCUUCUGAAGCUUGGGCAUGUAGGAGAAUGCACCAGUGGUGCAGCUCAUCCACUCAUAGUUAGCAAUGGUGAAAGUCACCUGGCCCGGUAGGCUGUAUUGGAGAUGGUUGUUGUGCUGUGCAUAAAGUAGGCUGUCAGUUCAAGUCAGGGCAAGAUAGCUGUACACACAGUUGUCCCCUUUUUGUCCUAAGAUUGAUACAUUGACAACAGCACUGGCGUGCGAACCUGCCUUUUGAAAGCGGGAGUGACCAGCUUGCUCACAUGGUUCUCCAUCCAUUCCCAAUCGUACAGCUAAGAUAUUCCCUUUGCUAGCCAUACACUGUGUGUUCGUCUUGACCAAGUUCUGGUCUUUGAAGUUGAAGACUUUUCGUUGGCCUUUUGGAACCAGUUGUGUGAUUGGCACAUGGUCGUGGUGAAAAAGCCAGCGGAAUCUUGCCGGUAUGUCUACAUGGGAGGAGCGGAUGCAAGCGGAGAGAGGAUGUCAACUAGAGCUCCAGAAGCAGAAGAUUGGAGGCACUGCAGAGUUCCGAAAAUGGGCCGUUCGAAAUCAUCCGGACAAGGGCGGGAAGCUCCGCGUGUUUCAGAAAGUGUCCGGAUGCGUGGACUUGAUGUAUAAAACCUCUGAAGCAGACACCACUGGUCCGUCUACAUCCUACUCCCAAUCGACAAGUCGCCCCCCGGGAAAGCGAACCAAACCUCGGACCGCAAAACCCGCCCAGUCGGACUACUAUUGGUCCGCUUACGAGGAGUACGAGUCGGACGACGACUUCAUUUUUGGCGGCGGAACGCGCUUCUCCCGUGGGUCACAGUACCGACCGAGAGACGCGCGGCGGCGCGAAAGCAAUCGCGCGUAUGGAUUCCGGGGGACGAGUCCGAUGGACGACAACGUCACGUUCGAGGAUUGGGAGGAGUUCGAAGAGUUUAUCCGGGAGCAUGUCAGGAAGCGGGAGUAUGAGGCGCGGCGGACGGAAGAGACGCAGAAGGAACGGAAGAGGGAGAAGCGGAAGGAACGAGAGAAGGAGAGAGAAAAAGAACGGCAGGAGCGGGAAGCACGGCCGAGGGGGGGCAGGGACGGAAGGACGGAAACAGAUGCGGCGAAGGCGCAACGGGCGACAUCGCCAGAUGAAUGGCGAGGACCGGCGAAUCCGUACCAGGCCCCAGAAGCGCCCAAGCCGUCGCGCAGGCGCCCCCCCCGUCAGGAGCCCAGGGAACGGACCCCCCGGGAGAAGGGCCGCGCUGCGGCGCAGGACUUUCUGCAGCGGCUGAAGCGCGCGUUUCAGUUCGAGGGGCAGACGAGGCAGCAGAGGGAGGGGGAGAUGAGCUGGCGGCACCGGCUCUCGAGACCGCAGCUUGUAUUCAUGGUGGCGCAACUCACCUGCAUCCAAAGCGUCUUCCUCAGCACAGCGUUCAGACGUUUGUGAGCGCCCACUAAGGAAGUUGAUCGACUAGGCGCUGAAGCCCGCAUAACUCGCGUCAAUUGUACGCGACCGGCAUAUGCCACCUUGUAACGGACUGAGUUUGUCAACUAUUGUGAUUGUUGGCUUUGCGAUUCUUUGAAG